GGCAGCGGCGCGUCCCGAGCCCCGAAUGAACGCGCUGGUCCCGGCGGGCGAGCGGCCCUGAGCGACCCGCGAGCGGGGACGGGCUGUGCCGAGCGGCUCCUCCGCCCGCACCCGGCCCGUCGCACGGCAUUGAGAGGAUUGCAGUGGCAUUCUAAGGUCAUUUAAAAUCAUGACAAGCUCAGUCGGACAGAAGAAAGUCUCCUCCAGACAAAGGAAGUGUGGGUUCUGUCGGUCGAAUAAAGACAACGAAUGUGGGCAGUUGCUGAUGUCGGAGAACCAGAAGGUGGCGGCACAUCACAAGUGCAUGCUGUUCUCAUCCGCGCUGGUUUCUUCACACACUGAUAAUGAGAGUCUUGGUGGAUUCUCUAUUGAAGAUAUUCAGAAAGAAAUAAAGAGAGGCACAAAACUGAUGUGCUCUUUAUGCCACUGUCCCGGAGCAACCAUUGGCUGUGAUGUGAAAACAUGUCACAAGACAUAUCACUACUACUGUGCUUUGCAUGAUAAGGCUCAGAUAAGAGAGAAACCUUCACAAGGCAUUUACAUGAUUUUAUGUCGAAAACACAAGAAAACUACGCAUAACUCUGAAGCAGAUUUAGAAGAAAAUAUCAAUGAACACGAAUUGGAGCCUUCACCUCCCAAAGGAAAAAGGAGGGGUCGUAAGGGAAAGCCAAGAAAAACAAAUUUAAAAGGGCAAUCAGAAGACACUAGAUCUACAUCCUCACAUGGCACAGAUGAAAUAGAAAGCAGUUCCUAUAGAGACAGGUCUCCCCACAGAAGCAGCCCCAGUGAUACAAAACCUAAAUGUGGAUUCUGUCAUGCAGGUGAAGAAGAAAAUGAAGCUAGAGGAAAGCUUCAUAUAUUUAAUGCCAAAAAGGCUGCAGCACACUAUAAGUGCAUGUUGUUCUCUUCUGGCACUGUCCAGCUAACAACAACUUCAAGGGCAGAAUUUGGUGAUUUUGAUAUCAAAACUGUACUUCAGGAAAUCAAGAGAGGAAAAAGAAUGAAAUGCACACUCUGCAGCCAGCCUGGUGCUACUAUUGGGUGUGAAAUCAAAGCCUGCAUAAAAACAUACCAUUACCACUGUGGAGUAGAAGACAAAGCUAAAUACAUUGAGAAUAUGUCACGAGGAAUUUAUAAACUCUAUUGUAAAAACCAUAGUGGAAAUGAUGAAAGAGAUGAAGAGGAUGAAGAAAGAGAAAGCAAAAGCCGUGGCAAAUCAGGCACUGACCAUAACGACAUUCCUCAGCAGCAGCUCAAUGGAAACUAGGUUCAAGGGACAGAGUUAUAGAACUGGGAAUGGCUAAGACAUCAUAACUACUAAUUCUUUUAAAUUGUUUUCUAAAAAUCAGAAAAGGGUUAGUAACUUCUUACUACCCAGCUCUGUUAGAAAUUUCAUUGAACUGCCUGAAACGUUCAUGUGUGUGAGCCUUCAGUAAGUGGCAGAGUUUUACAUGUCAAUAUUAUGUAGUUUGUAGUCUGCAGUGUCUGGAAAAAAAAAUGAAACACUAUAUAAAUGAUAUGUAAUAUGUACAGUGUCAAAAGUUAAGGCAGACAUUGAAAUGAAGCAAGAUCUAUAUUUCUGGACUGAAUAAAAACUUUAAGAUUUGGAAUGUGUAAGUUGUUUAGUGGAUUCACGCAAUGAGGGAAGGUCUUAGCUAGUUUAAUUAACAACAUGGACAAGUCCGUGGUGGCAACGAGCUGGUACUUUGUGAAUUUUGCAUUUUCUUCCUGCACAAGUUCCGGAGGCUGUACAUGGCAAAGCCGUGCUGUUUUUGUUUGGGAAGCACCCAGUAGGAAAGGACUCAGUGUACACGAAGCAUGCUUGAACAUUUCAGGUUGUUCCUGUUGUGAUUGCUCAUUCCGCCCAGCAUUGUUUGCGGGAGGUUUACUUGAGCAGCUGUUGGUUCUGAGCUGUGAGCUUUAGAACUCAUGCCAAAGGGCUGUAGUUCAUUCUUUCCAAAAAAACCCACCUCUUUCUGUGUCCUGAUUUACAGAGAACACUUCAACAAGCGUGACUAAAACCCUACCAUACAAAUGUUAGGACUUUGCAGCCCAAUCUCUUCUACUUCAGAGAGUUACAACUCUUAACUUGCUGUGGGAUUUAGCCACCAUAUCUGACGUCCAUACCUCAGGUGUUCUCUGUUGUGUGGAACACUUCAUGUUUUGUCAAGAAUGUGCUUAAAGGUCCCAUAUUCUGUAAGAAGAAAGAGGAAACAACCUUUUUUGUUAGAUUGGUAUUUAUUUUAUUAAUCAUAUGACCACUGUAUGGGAAACUGUGUGUAUCAUCCUUAAUGUUUUAGUGAUUUUUUUUUUUCCUUUCUCUGUCAAGUCAACAAUCACAUCAUGGAAUUCUACUUGCUAAAAUUUGAUGUUCCUUGAGGGAAUUAUCAGAUCUAGGCUAUACCAAACCUAACAGAAAGUCCUCUGACUGCUUUUGAAACACCUUGUCAUUUUGAAUGGCUGCUGGCUUCUUCAAUUGGUCUGUUAAAGCACAUCCUCAGACUUACUUAAAUUAAACCAAAAAGCUGAAUCUAGUCCACAUUUGUCUGUUGCUACUGCAUCACCUUAUUGUUUGUUUAGGGUUUUGACUUGUUCCACUCUGAACUCCCAACAAAACUUCUGGAUUUGAAGGAAGGAAGCAAGCAAAAGACACUGAUUUGACUAUAAACUGCUACAGUUCUUCUGUGAUUGGUAUUGCAAAAACGGUUCAUUUGUAACAUGAGUUUCUGUAGCAUUUUUUACUUGUAUUUUUAAAAGAUUUAACGUGUGUCGUUUGUCUUCUUAUGCAUUCCCUUAAUGUCUUGAGGGACUCAAUUACUGUAUAUUGGAGUUUCUAACAUUUUACCUGUUAGAAUUCAAUCAAUUCUGUUUGCUUUCCUGGAGAAUAAUCUUGUUUGGAAAGAAAUACUGCUGUGUACAGAAAAUAUUCAGUUACUGCUCUAAACAUGAUGCCAUUGAUCAUUUUUAUUUUGUAUUUGUAACUUUCAAAAUUAAAAGCGUGACUUGAAUUGCAAUGACAGAUCGAUUAUUGAAAUUGUCUAUCAAGGUGUUUUGUUUCUCCUAGAAUAUGAACAUUUUUCAGCCACACAGAACAGUUUUCGAAUGCAAAAUAUCAUCCUUCAAUAUUUAAAUUACUUCAGUUUGUGCCUCAGACAUGGCCUUCCCAUGGAAAAAAGGCACUUUGUUUGCAGCUACUGUAUUUAACUAAGUUUGCAUGGGGUAGAUCUGCCAGCAUACUGACUGUGCUUGAGACUGAGCUCUAAUUCAUUGUGUCAGUGGCUUAGUAUAGUAUUUAGUCCAGUAACUCACCUGUUAUGGAUAAAUGACCCCAUUCCAUGCCUCAAAGAACCAGAACAGCACUUUACCUUCAGGUAGCAGAAGAGUGAGUGGCUGGUUUCCCUGUUAACCCCUGUGCUGAAAUGGUCUGGUGAAACUGUCAUCAAUUCAGAAUUCAUGGAAGCAAAGUCUAAAGCAAAAACCUUUUCUUACAAGCCUCAAAUUUGUCAUAACUGACUUCAACUCAUGUAUGCUGGGUAAAAGUGCCUUACAAUGUAAAAAUUGUAUUUAUAUGUUCCCAAGUAGCAUCACCUGCUGGGGAGUAAUUCAGUUGUGGUGUUAAUAUUUAGAAGAAAUGUACCUCAGCAGUGUAUUUACUGUACAUCUCUUACGUCCUUAACUGUAGUUUUAAAAAGCAUGUCAAUGUAUCAUAGUAUACAACAUUUACAUAAUUUUUUUAAAAAACAAAAUACUGCCAUUACUGUCUUUUUAUGUGUAUUUUAGCUUGGAAGUUCAGACAGUCUGUCUGAAUUUUUGGGGCUUUGUUUUGGUUUGCAGGUUUUUUUUUUGGUAAAGCAAUGUAAUCUUUGCAGACGUAUAUUGAAGAUUAUUCUGGAGCAUCUACUGCCUUCCCAGAAAUGUUAGAAGUAAUGAAAGUGCUCUAUAGGUGAACUAGGUAUGUUUAAAUUAGCUAGUUAAAUUAAUAUAGUCAUUUCAUUACUGAGAUUUUUUUUUACUAGGCACCUUCUGCUUUCAUCUCACAAUCAAAGAAUUCAACAUCAUGAAUUCAACAAAACUUGUCUUAAAAAACAGGUUUCACUUCUUUUUUUUUAAAAAAAAAUAUUAUUUUUACUUUUUGCCUUUGGGCAUUUCUUUAGCUCACAAGCGAAUUGUGUCCUGUUUAAGAUGCCUGCAACCUCUGAGAAGGGAGGUUUCUCUCCACCUCCCUGCACCUCUCCAUUAAGAGAUCUCCCCAACUCACUGUGUCUCUGUGGUCUCACAGAUCCGUCGUUGUGCUAUUCCCAGAAAGGACUGUGCCAAGCAAGGAUCCUGUUCAAGUAUCUUGAGGAUACAGCUGGUGCAAUGCCAGAGUCCCAAGGUCAAACCCCGUAGCAGUGGGCUGUGCUGUCCAGGGCAAGGGGAAAAGGCUGGUCCAGUGUCAGUGCAGCUCCCGAGCAUGAGGUGAGCAGAGGAUCUGCUCCCUCAGUAGGGGUUGAUCCACAGAAGAUUCUGUGAUAAGGCUCCAGUAGGAGUCUUACUUACACUCCACAAAGUCUCAGCUUUAGGUGCAAAGAGCUGUGCUUAUCUACAGUGGUUUGAGUCUGCCAAAUCUGGCCUUAAAAUGUAGAGUAACUCCUGCAUAUAGGAAAGAGAACUUCAUGCUGAAACAGAGUGAAAAAUGAAGAGGUGAUAAUCUAUUUGAAAUAUCAGACUUAUCUGGCAGGUGAUAAUCAGUGCAUUCCAAAAAUACUAAUAUGCUGAAUCAGAUUGACAAGAAAAUUAAUCCUCAUUACAUGAAAUUAAUCUGAAGAGAACUGAAAGUGCAUGAUAGCAAUUAGUAACUCUUCUUCCGUGUCAUCAGAGUCAGAUUCUACUAUAUUAGUGAUGGAGGUGAAAAGACAGAACACAGCCCUUGAUUUAUAUACUUGGUGAAGCAGUUCCUGUACAUGCAUAUGUGUGCACAGCCGUUAGUCAGCAGUGACAUCUCAGCCCUUAGCCAAUCCUGGAGAGCUGUUGCUUGUCAGAAAGCACUCAGGUUAGGCCAAUGUUUGCAGCUUUUGCUCUAGCAUAUAUUUACAUUAGGUGUAAAAACAAGGAAUGUAUGGAAGAGGGUAAAUGCAUUCCUAUCUACAAUGUUAUGUAUAUUUUGUUCUUGUUAUAUUGGCUUUACUUCCAAAGUUGUAGUUUGCAGUAUUAGUUUCUUUUUAUUGGUAUCCUUGCAUAUAUAUAUAUUCAAUAAAUGAGUUAUGAAUUUCA